UGAGAUCAGUCAGAGCUGCUCUUCACACUCUCUCUCUGUCUCUCUUUCUCUCUGUCGCUCUCGUUCUUUCUCUCUAUCGCGCGCUUUCAAUCUUUAAAACCAUUUGCAUUUAAAGAACGGCGACAAAGACAAAUCUUCAUGACCUGAGCUGUGAGAGCCUCACGACGAUGACCUUCUUUGGGAAACUGAAGAACUUACACGCUGGACCUCCAGUUCCCAAAAGAGAAGAUGAUGAUGCAGAGUUCAGGUGGCCACAGGACGAGUUUGAUGAUGAGGAGGGUAACAUGUAUGAAGCUCCUCCCUGUGAACGUCCACCUGCGAAAGUCCAACAGAGACAAGAGGAGGAGGAUGUUUAUCUGGACAGGACGUCCAGUCCUGCUGUUCAACAGAGGCAGGCUGCUCCUCCACCCAGGCCGGGAAAACCCUCGAUACCUCCACAACGUCCUGAAGGUUUCUCCUACGAAUCCAACUCCAGGAAACCGCCGGAGAUAGACAGAAAUGAUAAGCCAGGGAGAGCCAAGAUGAUGCCUCAUCCACAGGUCCGCUCUGUUCCGGCUCCGCCUCCUGAACUCAACUCAGAUGAAGAUGUUUACCUGGAUCCUAAUGAAGAGCAGGAGGAAGAUGACGACCUGUACUUAGAGCCAGCAGCAGCUUGUGCUCCGGCCCCACGUGGGCCAAAGAUAAUGAUGCCUCCACCUCCAAUGACAGCCCAUGUACCGUCUUCCAUACCCACGAUGAAGCCUCCUAUUCCCAGAGCAAAGCCUAAUUUGGUCUCAUCCUUAAUGAACGAGGCAAAAUCAGCUCCUCCACCUGAGCUGAGACGACCCACGUUUCCAAACAAACCCCCUCAACCAACUCCCAGUGUUAAACCUCCUCUUCCAGUCCCCACGAAGGAAGCUAAACCCAGCACUGCAAACCAUCCUACUGCAGGAACCAAGCCUGUGGCUUCUUUCGGUGGUAGGAGGGCAAGCAAACAGUCUGACGAUGAGGACAAAGAAUGGUUUGCUGGAGACUGCAACAGAAAGGCAGCUGAGGAGCUCUUAGAGAGAGUCAACAAGGACGGUGCCUUCCUCAUCCGACACAGCUCGGCCCAGAACGCCCGGCAGCCGUACACCCUCGCGGUGCUUUACCAGCAGAAGGUGUACAACAUUCCCAUCCGCUUCCUGGAGGAGACACAAGGCUACGCCCUGGGAAAGGAGGGCAAGAGGAAUGAAGAGACAUUCCCCACUCUCGACGAGAUGAUUUCCCACCACAGCAAUAACCAACUGCUUCUGAUUGACAGCAAGAGUCAGGCCAAGCACACGGCGAUUUUAACUCAACCUGCACGCCCUUAAAACCACUACAGCCCCCUGUGUUGUGUUCAUGUAAAGAUAAAUGCACAGUGUGAAAGUUUCCAACUUGGAAAUGCAACGAGCUCAUUGUGUGUCAGUCAUAAUAGUAAAAUUACAACUCAGUCGUGCAGCUGAAGUAGACAAUGCACUGAAAUAUUAGCGGAGAUGCUGUAACUCACGACCCUCAGCUUCCACAUGACCUUAGCAUUAUCCAACAACAUGAACCUCAGACAUCAUCAAGUUUGCAAAUGUGAUGUUUGACUGUUUUGCACCACGACUCAUCAUUUAAGCAACAAUUGCAGAAGGUUAACGGCUGACUACUGCGAAAGGAAAAUGAGUCACUGUUUAACUGAAACAAUGGUUUUGUCAGAGGAUGAUAACCGUCAUAGGAACAGUAUAUUUCUGCAUGCUACACAUAAAUGUCCCAGUUAUAAUCUUCACCAUUGCUUUGAGCCUCUUACUCAUUUCCAUGUGACAAACCUUUGAGAUAAGCUCUUGUACAAAUCAGUUAUUUGAUUGUAAUCCUGUUUGGUGUGUAUAGCCCGUGUGUCUUUUUGGUGGAAUAAUGUAGAUGUUGUGAAAAAUAUAUAUUUAUUAUUCUACCAUAGUUUUUCCAUGUUGACGGUUGUUGACCAGUAAAAGUUAAUUAACCUGGGGAAAAAAGACACAGACUGUAUGUUUGGGGUUUCAUUUAAAGGGUUAAGUGUUGUUGCUUGAUUAUGUGUCCUAUGAAUAAACACAAAUGUCCACUUG